UUGUAGGCGCUGGGCAGCCGGAAGAUGGCGGAUGGAACUGGGAAGCUGCAGGAGGAGGCGCUCAGGAGGAAGGAGCGGCUGAAGGCUUUGAGAGAGCGGCAGCUACAGAACCGAAACCAAGAUGAAGGAGAGCCAGAAAAUAAACAGCUCAGAGAAGACAAGGAUACGAAUGAGGAGGUGAAGCACCGAGAAUUAAAACUCCGCAACUAUGUCCCAGAAGAUAGAGAACUGAAAGAACGACAGGUGCCCAAUGCCAAGCCAGCUUCAGUGGACGAAAAGGUGAAGGAUCAACUUGAAGCAGGGAAGCCUGAGCCAAUCAUUGAAGAAGUGGACUUGGUGAACCUUGCUCCCAGGAAGCCUGACUGGGAUCUGAAGAGGGAUGUAGCUAAGAAACUGGAAAAGCUGGAGAAGAGGACACAGAGAGCAAUAGCAGAACUGAUCCGCGAGAAACUAAAAGGUAAUGAAGAUGAUCUGGCAUCUGCAGUUGGAGCUGUGAAGCAGGAGGAUUAUGAUUCAGAGUGAUUCAGAAUUUCACUUGACAAUGGAGGUGUGGGGGAGACGAAACACAACAGCUGACUUCUUAGAAUGAGAACACUAUUGCUGUACUCACUGAGUGAUCACAGUGAAGAGGAAAGAGAAUUCUCAGCCUUUUUUUCCCCAAGAUGAUUCUCCAGUCCUCUCUACAGUGAUUGUCCAGCCGUCUCCAGCUUUCCUGAAACUCCAUUCAACUUGUUGCUGAGUAAAGAACUUGCUGAAAUCCAUUCUAAAUUUGCAUCUCCCAUUGUUACAGUUCAUAUUGAUAUGGCUCAGUAUUUACUUUUUCUGUACCAAUUACUAUUAUCAAUACUUCCCUGGAUCACUCUUGGUUUCUUAUUUUCUCGGUCAAAAUGUCAGUUGUUUUUCUUGCUGCUCAGUCCAUCUGACAUGAGAGAUCACCUUUUAGCCUAUUCUCUACUCUGAUUUCAGAGUUUGGAUGAUUCUUUGUGUUAUGCUGACCAGAGCUGGACAUAGUAGUCAGUGCAACUUGUCUCAAGCACUGUGCAGUUAUUCACCAGUAACUGGUCACUUUGGAGUCCUGAGUCAUCCUCCUAUGUUUUCUCCAGUUUUUCAUGCGGUGAAUUGUUAAUUGGUUAAAGGAGAAAAGCUACCUACACCUGCAAUAUAAUUAACAUGUCCCUGAGAGACCAUAAGUAUUUCCUUAUGAUCAUGGACACUCAUCAGCUCACUUGAUCUUGCAGGAAAUCUAACCAAUGUGAAUUGGAGGGAUUAAAAGAAUGGGGAGCUGUGAGGUUUUACAAAAACCUUCAGUAUCUGAAAGUUGAAGCCAGUAACAUUAAAGUGCACUGAAAUUAUAGAGUGAAAUUUACAUCAAUGUCGACAGAGACACAACCUGAGCUCCGGAAUAAGUUUUUGUAGUGUUUAAAAAUUUUCAAUCUGCAAAAACAAUCAAAAGUAUACAUAAUUUGCUGGUUGUUAUGGAGAUCCUGUGUAGUAUCUGAAAGAGGAAAGGAAAGUGAAUAUUUUAGUUAAUGACCUUUGGUGGGAAUUCUGAAGAGUCCAUACCUGCAGCUUUUCUUUUAAAAUAAUUUAUUAUUGAGUUUCAGUUCAGCUUAUUCCUUUCUGGGUAUCAUUGAAGAUUGUAGGUCUCAUGUUGGGUGUCUGUCUUCCUCUGUGUAGGGUUGUAAAUGUGUAUCUCCUUAUCUCUGUAUGAGGGAUGCAUCCACAUCUCCGUCUGUGUCCAUCUCUGUCAAUGACUGAUGUCAGCACUUAGAGUUGGGAUUUCACAAAACAGAUUUUUACCUUUUUGUUAACUGAUUAUGCUUUCUGCUCUGCAAUAUUUUAGACAGCUUUUUCUGUACUUUUUUUUAUGAACUGAUGCACCAAUUUAUAAUAAAA